AUGAUCUAAGAAAUGUAAAAAUGUUCAUAAAAGGAUGAAAACUAUUAAAAUCAAAUGAAUUUAAUCAAAGAAAUUUAAGAAUUGAUUGAUUAAGCUAAAAAAUAUCAAUGUUAAUCAAAUCUAUUUAAUUAAACUAUUAUGGUUUAUUAAUAACAUGUAGAGAAUAUAGAAUACUUUAAAUAAAAUAUAUAGACUAAAUCCUAAGAUUUAACAGUUAAAUCAGAAUAAUUAAAAUCUUAAUUUUCUAAAUUAUCAAAUAUUUUAAAGGAAUAUGGGAAUACAUUUGAGAAUAAUAGCAUUUAAUUGAAAAAAUAUUGUAACAUUAAAUAAUUAGAGGAUGAAAUAAUAAAAUUAAAAGAAACAAAUACAAAUUUGGAAAAUGAAAGUAAUGCUUUAUAAAGUUAAAUAGAAAAUAAUUUUAUUAGUUCUAAGUAAUAGGAUUAUGAGGAGAAACUCAAAGAAACAAAUGAAAAGUUAUUAUUAAAGGAAAACGAAUUAAAAGAUCUAAAAGAAUAACAUUAAUAAAUUAUUUUAGAUAAUAAUAAUCUUAAAAAGUAAUAUGAAUUAGAUAAGACGAUGAUGAUAAAGAAAUUCGAAGAUGAAUGUAAUAAAUAUUGAUAUUAUUGAAUAGAAAACAAAGUUAAAUAAGAGUUUAAUCAAAAUUUAACUUAAAAAAAAUAAGAAUUACAAGAAGCAUUAAACAAACUUGAUUAAAUUAAUAAAGUUAAGUUCGAAUAAGAAAAAUAAAAAAAAAUCGAAUUAGAAAAAGUAUAUUUAUAACUCAUUUAUUAUAUUAUUUUAGAUUCAAUUAUAUAGCAAAUCAUUAUUAUUUUCAAAUACUUAUAAGCAUACUAAUUGCUAAGUAAGUGAAGGAGGAAAAGUUGUGGCAGAAGUUAGUAAUAAUGGUUGGUUUUUUUGUCUUUGUGAAUAAGCUAUUCCAAAGACUGGGAAAAUAUAGUUUGCAUUUUAAAUGAUAAAUGGAUCAACUUUUAUGGUUGGAAUAGGAUAUAGAGAGAUUAUGUAGAAAAAUAAUUAUCAUAAUUGUUAUAAAACUGGGUAUGGAUAUAUAUUGAUAUUAUAACAGAACAUAUUUAAUAGUCUAAGAUGGAUAUACUUAUUCUCAUAAUAACAAAGAUUAAUAUGAAAAAAGAUUAUCCUUUGGAUUUACAAAUAAUGAUAUAAUAAUAAUUGAAAUAAGUAUUGAACAUAAAUACAUUAAAUGGAGUAGAUAGAAUAAUCCAUAAGCAACAUUUGUUGUAAAUAUAAUAUCGAUUAUUAGUUGUUGGAUAUAGAUGUAUCAUAAGAAUUAUAUCCAUGUGUGGGUGUUGUUAAUUAAUCGAAAAUAAAAUUAUUAGAUAAUAUACCAUUUUGA